CAACACGUCUGGCUUGUUGUGUGAUGGGUUGGCUAGCUUCCCCUCCCUUUUUAGCCGGAGCGAGGACCGCGAGUGAAAGAAGUUGAGCGAGUCAGUCAAUCAAGUACCGUUGUGUUGUGAGCGGUGCACGGUCAGAAGCAUAGUCGCACCUCAAGUUGUAAGUCACGUCGGCCGGUCUCUCAGCCAGCCAGCUCUCAACGAUGACCCUGAAGAAGAAGACCUCAACCAAGAACCCUCCGAUCCUGAGCCACGAGUUCGUCAUUCAGAACCAUGGCGACAUCGUGUCCUGCGUCGCGAUGCUUUUCGUCGUUGGGCUCAUGGUGCAGGUCACUUCGCCUCUGGCCUACAUGUUCAUCGCUCUGCACCACAAUGUGACCAGCACAGUUCAGGACACCAGCUACGGAGUGCCCAUCGAGGUCCUUCGCUACACCUACGGCGCCAAGGAUGCUUGCGCUGUCUUCUUCUAUUUCCUCAUCUGCAUUGUUAUGCACGCAAUAAUUCAGGAGUACAUUCUUGAUAAAUUCAGCAAGAGGCUUCACCUUUCAAAGUCAAAGCAGAGCAAAUUCAAUGAAUCUGGACAGCUGUUGUUCUUCUACGUCAUCUCUUUCCUCUGGGCUGGAGAUAUCAUGUUCAGGGAAAAUCUGCUACUGAAUUUGUCGUCCUUGUGGCUCAACUAUCCACAUAACAGCAUGGUUUUCACCCUGAAAUUCUUCUACAUCAUCCAGAUUGCGUACUGGCUUCACUGCUAUCCUGAGCUUUACUUCCAGAAGGUGAAAAGGGAGGAAAUUAUCUCUAAAACUCUGUAUCCUACCCUACACCUUGUGUUCAUUAUUGGAGCCUACCUGCUCAACUUCACUCGUGUUGGAGUUGUUCUUUUGAGUUUGCAAUAUCUUGCUGAGACUUUCUUCCACGCCGCCAGACUGAUCUACUUCUCUGAUAAAUCUGAGAAUGGAAGAAAAGGUGGAUAUACCCUGGCCAACAUUGCUUUUGUGGUUGCUCGACUGCUCACUGUGACCAUCACUGUCCUCACUUUCUGGUACGGACUGGCCCUUAGCACUGCCACUGCCCUUGAUUUUGAGACCGGCAACUUCAAUACUGAGGUUAUUCGGAUUGGCAGCUUGACCAUCAUUUCAAUUCUGCAAGCUUGGCUCAUGUGGAACUUCCUCACAUUCUACCUGCGUUAUAUUAAGGAGAAGUCGUCUGGUAAGCAGAGGCCCAAACCCACUGCAACUCGCAAGUCGAACAAGACCGUGCAGGAUAGAAUCACAAAAGCCAAGAAGAAGAGGGAAGAACAGAAACAAAAGGAAGACGAUGAUCUGCCUGAGGUUGAUCAGAACACCAAGAAAAACCUGCGUUCCCGCCCUGCCGCUGCUGCACAAAAGGCAAAGUAAGCACCAUGUCUCAUCCCGUCCGACGUUCUCAUGAAACUUUCACGCUCUCCAUAUUUUUCAAAGUGAGCUCAAACUAUCAACAAAAUGGACUGAACGCGUUGUCAUUUUGUUAAACCGUUCAAUUUUUUAUGCUAAUAAUUUGGUAAAGAGCUCUCUUUUCCUCUCAUCAAUGGUGCGCAAUUUGACCGAGAUAGUUGAUUAUUUUUUAUUUUUAUACUUGCGAUAUGUUGACUUUCCAAAGUCUUUAAGUUGCAAUUAAUGAACAAUUUUCUUAUUAAAUGCUUGCAGGGUAAUGUGGGAAAAUUCAAUUGAUUAAAAGUCGUGAGACUGAAACGCUAAAUUAUUUUUGAACUAAAUAUGAGAUAUAAUUUUGUUGAAUACUUGUAAACAUUGUUGUGUAAAAAGUUCUGAUUUUUCUUCAAACA